CUUUCUAUUGUCACAUGCGAACAAGGCCGGAAUCACGCACACAUCACGCACGACCGUCUAGUCACUCCUUUUGAACGUCAACAUCCAAGGAGAAUCCUAGAGAAGCGCCGGAUAUACUGGAAAUGAUCGCGGCCUGCCUGCUCUCCUGAAGAUUACGCAGAACGAUUGCUGGACUUCUUCUCGAUUAGAAACACUUCCGCCAGGCCCACAUACACAUAUAAAGUCAACAUGUCUUCCUCAAGACGUACUACUGCAACUAUGCGGAUACCGCCCUUCUUUCGGCGUCUCUUCAAAUUUACAUCUAUGGACUUCGAGACAGCAAUAUGGGAGAUGACGCAUUUAAUCAUAGCCCCGAAAAAAGUGUUCCGAAACAUCUACUACCACAAACAAACCAAGAACUCGUAUCAUCGAGCUGAUCCGGCCUUUACCUACCUAUUGAGUCUAUUCCUAUUCCUGACUGGGUUGGCGUGGGGCUUGGCAUAUGCCGAUGGGUUCGGGAGGACUUUCCGAGUAGCCCUAGCCUUUGUGCUUGUGCACUUUCUCGGUUCUAGUCUGGUCGUCAGUACUGCAAUGUACUUUCUGGUGGGUCGUGUGCUGGGGAAGCGAAGACAGGGGCUUUUUGGUCCUCCGAGCGGCGGAGGCUUGGGUGCUGGAGAUGAAGGGCUGGAGUUUGGCUAUUGCUUCGAUGUCUCCAUCCGAGCGUACUUACCAAUCUGGACCUUCCUUUACGUUCUUCAAUUCCUGCUCAUGCCUCUCAUCGCUCAGGAUUAUUGGGUUUCGAACCUAUUUGGAAACACGAUGUACCUCAUGGCAUUGAGCUACUACUUUGUCAUCACGUUCUUGGGCUAUAACGCGUUGCCAUUUCUCAGCCGCACCGAAGUCUUGCUUGCGCCAAUCCCGGUCCUUGUGGUCCUGUGGCUCAUCAGUCUUUUCACAUUCGAUUGUGCAACGAACCUGGCACCCGUGUUAUGGUGUGGCGUUAACCUACGAAAGCCCGUAUAAGACAUUUGUUGGGAGUUGUAGGAGGCACUUGGAUGCGACAUUUCCCAAUGACAUCCAUUUUCCAGCAAAGCCUGAGCCGGACUCAUGCGAGCGCCGAGCUUCUCUGCUUAAGAUUUCGAUUCUUGUAGCGGCACGCAGUGCCUUUCUACCUUCGCCAGCUUGCGAUGUGGACGAGUUUACAACAAUCGAGCCACAUAAGCACCGACCGAGCCCGGCUCCAGUCCGCAGGACGUUCAUCUGAUAGCUGGAAAUCUUCAGGAUAGUCGGCACCUGAUCGCUAGACACAAGCAUUUCUAUCUGCUUCGCUUGACAGGGAUCCGACAUAGAGCUGUCAAGAUUUUCAAGCUUCGUCACGCCUGUGGCUCGCUUCGGGACCCGGUCGUGGACACUGGCGACUGUCGACUUCUGUCAUCGAAUGCCGAAGACAACCAGUGCACACGCGCGCGAGAGUGGAUGCUCUACGAGCAGACGCAGGGCUUGCCCGCCUUUCAGGUGACGCCAUCUGCAUCCAAUGGAUCUCAGUAGCCCACACCCACACACUUUAUGAAGAUGCCGACUUUGCCACGUCACAGGCGCUGAUCCUGCAGUGCCAUCCCACAUCUGACUUACGCUUGCCUGAGGCCUCAGCACAGCGCGCCAAGCCCGGUUGUCCCUCCUGCCUCCUCUCCUCAGCGCUGUUGACCACUUCACUUCCAUGUUCUUCUCGACGUCGCUUCACAUGCGGCAUUUCGGCGCUCACGAAAGAUUCGCACUCAUCUGACCUGCAGCUGACAGCGCGAAACACUGAUUACAGCUUCUCACCCAUCGCCAGGUUGCACACCGCCCCCAAGAGCAAUCCCU